CUCUCCCAAAGCUCCUGUGUGCCGGCAGCUCGCCCUGCUCCUUCUUCCUCUGACUGCGGAUUUCCACGGAAUGUAAAUGUCGAAAGAUCAGGAAGCCCAGGAAGAUGAGUUGCUAGCUCUAGCAAGCAUUUAUGAUGAAACAGAGUUCUGCAGAGCAGAGUCAACUCCAGGGGGUGAGAUCCAGGUCUGCCUGGAGCUCCCUAAGGACUUCAAAAUAUAUGUUAAAGGAGACAAACAGAGAGAAUAUGGUGUGCUUUUUCUACCUCCUCUGGUGCUGAAUUUCGAACUCCCUCUGGAUUACCCAUCAGCCUCUGCACCUAUAUUUACUUUGAGCUCUAAAUGGCUCUCAAGGACACAGCUAAUGGUUCUGUGUAGACGCUUGGACGAGCUGUGGCUGGAAAACCAAGGCAGUGUGGUCCUCUUCUCCUGGAUCCAGUUCCUGAAAGAGGAUGUCCUCAAUUUCCUUUCAAUCCAGUCCCCACUGGAGGUUGCCAGAGCCCUUCCUGAGAGAAAGAAGGGUGAAGCCAGUAUGACGAAGGAGGCGCUCACAGAAAGGGGAAAAAAGAAGCCAUUAGACUCGCGGGCAAUAGUUGAGGUGGACCCACGUGCUGACAUUCUACCUCAGCUCCUUGACUUUGAUGAGGCUCAACGACAAAAGGCCUUUGAAGGCAAAGUAUUUAGCUGUGGCAUCUGUUUCACAGAGAAGCUGGGCUCCAGCUGCCUUUGCUUCAAGGAAUGCAGUCAUGUGUACUGCAAGGCCUGCAUGAGUGAGUACUUCCAGAUCCAGAUUCGGGAUGGGAAUGUCCAGUGCCUUAACUGCCCCGAACCCAAGUGCAAGUCGGUGGCCACGCCUUCACAGGUCAAGCUUCUGGUUGAUGAGGAGCUGUUUGCACGCUAUGAUCGCCUCCUGCUCCAGUCCAGCCUGGACCUCAUGGCUGAUGUGGUUUACUGCCCACGCAAGAUGUGCCAUACAGCUGUGAUGGUGGAGCCAGAUACUACUAUGGGAAUCUGCACUGCCUGCCAGUAUGCCUUCUGCACCCUGUGUGAAAGGGCCUAUCAUGGAGUUUCUGCUUGCCAGGCUACAGCAGAGGAGCUGCGAGGCCUGAGGGAUGAGUAUAUGUCGGCAAGCGAUGACAAGAAGAAGUUCCUUGAGCGACGCUAUGGUAAGCAGGUUAUCCAGAACGCUGUGGAGGAAUCUUUCAGUAGGGAUUGGCUGGAUGAGAACUGCAAAGCCUGCCCACGCUGCGGUGCCAACAUACAGAAGAUCUAUGGCUGUAACAAGAUGACCUGCACCUCCUGUAAGCAGUAUUUCUGCUGGCUGUGUCUGAGUUUGCUCACUCGGGGAAACCCAUACAGCCAUUUCGACAACUCAUCCUCACCGUGUUACAAUCAGCUGUUCCAAGGAAUGGAUAUUGAUGAAGGUGAUGCCUUCUGGAGCGAUGAGGAUGAUUGAGGCAGAGUCCCUGUACCUGUUUUACAGCUUUAAGCACUUUAAUUCAUGUGUAUUUGACAACCUGCUCAUUGGUCUAAUGGGUAGAAAAACGUCAUCACUUUUUUUUUUUAAUUCCAUCAUUGCUCAUCUUUAUUCGCUUUGCUAUGAAUUCUUACUUUAAAAGAAACCAAAAAUUGAAGACAGUUAAAACAGUGCUGGUAAUCAUUUAGAAAGGGUUUUUAUUUGCAGUCAGUUUAAAUCAUACUUACUUUUUCAGGUUAAACCUAAGGGGACUCCCCCCCCCCCCCCCCAGCAUCUUUAUCAUCAUGUUUCCUGAUUAUAUCUUUGCAGUGGUGUCUAUAAAGUGACAUUUAAAAACUAAAGUGUAGGGCUUGUGAUAAUCUCUAGGUGGAAAUUUGUUGCAAAUACACAUCUAAUAAACUGAAAACAAAGCAUGAUGUUACGAAUGUAAAUAAAAUGAUAAAAAUUC